CCGAUUAUGAGUCAGUUACCAGACAUAAGCGAAACAAUAACAGUUGGUGGCACUUUGUAUCCUAAAAAAAAAAACCCUUUGAAAGGCAAGUUGAGUGUUUUAGUGCGUUUGGCGCAUGACGCGUCCGUGUGCGUCGGAGGUUUGAGAGGACAGGAGCAGAACGCGCUCCACUUUUAAUCAGAUUAGGAGCGUUUAAUGUUCAAUCCUGUGUUUUUUUUUUUUUCCUCUCUCUCCUUCCCUACAGUAGCGGUGCAGGAGUGGCCAAAGCCAAAAGCAGCGAUUCAGAUCAGAUUUCACCUAAACCAGCUGGAAGAGACCGAGAGAAAGAGAGAGAGAGAGGGUUUGUCAGUCUCCCUCCUCCCAAAUCUAGAAAAGCUUACCAAGGAAAAAGGAGGAGUGUCGGGCUGUGAGAGACGCAGAGGGAUCCAGAGGAAUUUCCGAGGAUAUUUUCUGAUUUUUUUUUUCUCUUUCUUGCUGUAAAAAUUUAAAAGUUGGAGACGAGGCAGCAGGGACCGUGGUCAAGGAUGGACGAGCAGCCUCGGUUGAUGCACUCCCACGGGGUAGGCAUGGCCGGACACCCCGGCCUGGCGCAGCAUAUGCAGGAUGGCACGGCGGGGACGGACGGAGAGGGAAGAAAGCAGGACAUCGGAGACAUAUUACAGCAAAUAAUGACCAUCACAGACCAAAGCCUAGACGAAGCACAGGCGAGGAAACAUGCACUGAACUGCCACAGAAUGAAGCCUGCUCUUUUCAACGUCUUGUGUGAAAUCAAAGAGAAAACAGUGCUCAGUAUCCGCGGUGCCCAAGAGGAGGAACCUCCAGAUCCUCAACUGAUGCGACUGGACAACAUGCUGCUGGCAGAGGGUGUGGCUGGACCAGAGAAAGGGGGCGGUUCAGCAGCUGCAGCAGCCGCCGCCGCUGCCACCGGGGGCGUCGGUGCCGACAACUCAGCAGAACACUCCGACUACCGGGCCAAGCUGUCUCAGAUCCGUCAAAUCUACCACACAGAGCUGGAGAAAUAUGAACAGGCGUGCAAUGAGUUCACCACCCAUGUGAUGAACCUGCUGAGGGAGCAGUCGCGAACACGACCCAUCUCGCCCAAAGAGAUCGAGCGCAUGGUCAGCAUCAUCCACCGCAAGUUCAGCUCCAUCCAGAUGCAGCUGAAACAGAGCACCUGCGAGGCCGUUAUGAUCCUGCGCUCACGUUUUCUCGAUGCCAGGCGAAAGAGGAGGAACUUCAACAAACAGGCGACAGAGAUCUUAAAUGAGUACUUUUACUCCCAUCUCAGCAACCCUUAUCCCAGCGAGGAGGCCAAAGAAGAGCUGGCCAAGAAAUGCAGCAUCACAGUGUCACAGGUAUCAAACUGGUUCGGGAACAAAAGAAUCCGAUACAAGAAAAACAUCGGGAAAUUCCAAGAAGAAGCCAACAUGUACGCAGCAAGAACCGCGGUUAAUGCAACCAGUGUGUCUGCCCACGGCAGCCAGGCAAACUCCCCAUCUACUCCCAACUCAGCAGGUUCUGCUGGCUCUUUUAACAUGUCAAACUCCGGAGACUUGUUCAUGAGUGUGCAGUCCCUCAAUGGGGACUCGUACCAAGGGGGGCAGGUUGGGGCCAACAUACAAUCCCAGGUGGAUACCCUUCGCCAUGUUAUCAGCCAGACCGGAGGAUACAGUGACAGCCUCGCAGCCAGCCAGAUGUACAGUCCACAGGGCAUCAACGUAAGACCUACAAAUGGCGGCUGGCAAGAUGCUCCGACUCCUUCGUCAGUGACAUCACCCACAGAAGGACCCGGAAGCGUUCAUUCGGAUACUUCCAACUGAAUUUAUCCAUCUCUCCACCUCAUCCACAAAAAAAUGGACUGAUCUUGCUAUUCACAGUAUUAAACUAAGGAAUUCGCUGUCCCACAGUUUCAAGAGGUACUGUGAAAUCCUAACCAGAAAAAAAAUCAUAUUUCCUCUGCGAUGAAGUUGGACAUUUGGAAUACAAACAAACAAAACGUUUCAAAACAAUACUGUAAUCAAUGGAGAUGUUUGUACAGAUUUCACAUUAUAUUCAGAGGGCUGGGGUUACUUAUUCACUCGUAAUGUUUUCACUCAUAAUGAUGAAAUGUUAUGAUAAAGUAAAUAAAUCCAACCAUUGGUUUUAACUGAAAAUACUUCAUUCUACCUCUCAGCCACUAAAAAAAGUAGAAAAAAUGUCAGUGACCAUUAUUUGUUUUGUAAAAAUGGAACUUUUGUCUUUGCAAGCAAGAGGCACAUCUUCUUACUUACAUUUUGUUGUCUCUCACCUAUUCUAUGGUACGCCAUUUAGACUUAAAUAUUGCUCAGUUGUUUACAAUGUGUGCUUGAUAAAGUAUGUUCAUCUUCCCCUCUGUCUCCGGCAAGUCAAAACAAAGUUCUGUCGGGAGAUUUUACCUCUAAGGUAACCCUGUGAAGUAUGUUAUCUGUAAAACAAUAAAUAAAUACUUGUCAUCAACUCGGACAAGCUUGACAUCAUUCAUUAAGGUGGAUUAUAUCAACUUCAAUUUUUUUAUGUUCUGUUGGUUUUGGUUCUACAGCAUAUUGGUAGAGUGACAAUAAAGUGCAAUCAGGAAUGCAGGAUUUAUUGAUGCAUGAGGAAAAGAUUCAUUUAGUCUUUCCCUGUUGAUAGUAUAUGCAGAAAACCAUAUCAUUUACUAAAAUCCUCUAUGUUUUUAUAGUCCUGCGUCAUCACAGAUAUGUUAUCGACAAUGCCAAAAUGCUGAUAUAACCAAAACAAAACUUUCCAGAAAGGUGUGUCAACAUGAAGCCAGUUUUAAUGUGUUCUUUUAUGAAAUAUAUUGUGCAUUAUUUCUUUUUCUAAUCACUUAUUUGACCGUGUUUGUCAAUUAGCUCUGGUGCUACAGUCGAACGCAUUUAAAGAAAUAUUAGACAGUCCAUCACCUUCUGCAGAAAAGAAAGUUUGUCAAAGAGGUCCGUAACUGAGUUUGUUUUUGAAAUACAUGAACCACAAUCCACUUAAAACAGAGAAGCAAUUAUGUUAAUAGAGUUUUACAUGCACGUGAACAUACAGCGUGGGUUCAGAGAUGCUGACGACCGUCACCGCCAUGAAAGACGCAUCUGGAUGUAUCUGAACUGCUGCUCAGCUCUGUGUUUUCAACGGACACUUUGAUGUAAAAUGAUACGAGUUUCCACCUUUUGUUGAAUACUGUCCUCAUCUGGACAUUUCAGUAUAUUACUCUGCCAGUCCUGCUUUAGGAACCCGAGAACUGACACCAAAACAAACAGACAUUUAAUUUAUGCUUGUCUCACCAUGACCAGCAUGAUUUUUUUUUUUUCAGUAUCAAACAUUUAUGACAAUUGUAAAUGUUUACCGUCAGGCACUUAAGAAGGGACAAGUCAUUAUGUCAAAUAAUGUGUUUCCUGGGCAGUCCAAUCUUGUUUAUAGACACUUUUUUAUGCUGUGUGGCCUAUUUGUUUUUGUAUUUUGUUAUUUUCUUUUAAUGGUAUGCUUAUUGUAGGCUAUUACUUUGUUUUUGCUUUCCAACUCUCGUGAAUUAGCUCAUGAACUUUCAACAUGUGUUUAUGUGCACCAUUGUGCUUGACUUGCUUUGUUGAAAAGGAUUUUCAACACAUUAAAAUGAUAUGUAAUACAGAGA